AUUUUGUUUUUGUAAACAAAAAAAAUAGUUUAAUAAAUGACCUCUGCAACUACAAGUGAUUGGCAACCAUGUCUGAUCUCAUCUCAGUCCACAAACCCUAAAUCCAAACCCUAAUUUUCUACAAACUGGCAAUUGCAGAUACUACAAAAAUGUGGUCUUUUUCAUCACCAUCCUCUUUCAUCCUCCCCACAUGCACUCGCCUUCUCUAUCGUCCUUGUAAUUUCUCGUUUCAAAAUUCUCCACACCCAAUUUUCAUCACUCGCAGAUCCAUACACCCUAGAUCAUGUCUCUCUGCACCAAUCGCCUCGAGUAGCCUCCAGCUCUCGUGGUUCGCCCCAGACCUAAGCUCAACCGACGAGUACGGUGGUUGGGCAAUCGUUGAAUCCCCAAUUCAGAGCAAAAACAAAGGUUGGCCUACGUUUCUGGUGGUGGGUAUUGGAACUUCAAUCACUGCUUUACUAGCUGCCAUUGCUUACUUUAGUCUAUUCAGAAGAGGUCUUGUGAUAAAAUUUAGGAGUCCACUGCAUGCUUUGCACGGGAUUUUAGGGCCAUCUGAAUCUGAUACAGCCAUUGAGAAUAAAACUAUUGAUUAUGAUUCACGGUCGAGUGACACUGUGGUUCCUGAGGCAAGCUUGGAGAGUGAAUUCGACGCAGUUGUUGAAGAAGUGGCAUUAGGUACAUUCCAAUUUCAAAAGUUCUCAAAUUUGAACGAGACAAACCAUCUAAAGGGGCAAGAAAGAAAGCUUGGACGGAUGAUAAUUCCAGCCCCUGUGGAUUCUACUCAAGCGGAGCUUUAAUCGGUGCUUAAGAAAUUGAAGAUCAUUGAAGAUGAUGUCAAGGCAGAUGAAUUGUGUACUCGGAGAGAAUAUGCAAGAUGGUUAGUUCGAGCUAAUUCUUUACUGGAAAGGAAUCCAAAGCAUCGGAUUGUUCCAUCUGUUGCACUUUCUGGGUCUAUAGUUGCUGCCUUUGAUGAUGUGAACAUUGAAGAGCCUGAUUUUGGGUCAAUUCAAUCCCUGGCUGAGGCUGGCAUCAUUCUUAGCAAGCUCUCUGGAAAGAACACGAGUUUGGAUCAGGAUGAUUCAAAAGGCCUACAAGGUGUCGAUUUUUAUCCUGAGAGUUUCAUAUCUCGCCAGGAUCUGAUAGAUUGGAAAGCACAGCUAGAGUAUGAAGCCAUGCCAGGAAUAAACGAAAAGAUAUCAAGGACCAACAUGGGUUUUAUGGACAUGAGGGAGAUCAGUUCAGAUGCAUCACCUGAGCUUUUUAUGGAUAUGAUGGCUGGUGACAAAGGCAUACUCAAAAAAGUUUUUGGACAGGGAAAGCGGUUUCAACCAAAUAAACCUUCAACAAAGGCGCAAGUGGCAGUGGCACUGACAACUGGCAGGAUGACAGAAGUAAUUCAUGCUGAACUGUUGAGACUAGAAGCUGAAAAUUCUUCAAGGCAAAAUGCAAUGGAAGAAAUUAGGUUUGAGCUUCUGAACCGAGGAGAUAUACAGAGAUAUUGGGAUGGGAAGGUAGAAGAAGAGAGACGUCGUGGUUUUGAAGUGCACAAGGGUUAUCUUGCUACAAUUCAUGACUUGGAACAGGAGAAGAUUGUUCAAGAGGACACUCUAGCCAAGUAUUUGAAGGAGAAGGCUGCCAUGGACUGCCAGAAGCAGCUGCUUUCAAGUCUGAAGGAAGAAGUCACUGAGAUGUCAGAGAGGCUUGCAUGUGAGAACGCUAAACAUGCAGAUGAGCAACGAAAUUUGCAGGACAUGCUCAGUGAUUUACAGGUCAAGCUGGAAGGAACGCUUGAUGCAAAAUCAAUACUUCAAGCAGAGAUAGAAGCUCUGCGGAUACUCAGAUCUUGGAUUGAGGAUGAAGCUAGGAAAAGCCAAGCGCGUGCCAAGGUUCUUGAGGAGGUAGGCCGAAGAUGGAAAUGGGACGACUGAGAUUAAUGUUUUCUUUUCCCAUAUGAAGUAGAGAUUUGCUGAUAAAUUACUCGAAGAAACCCUUGGUCAAGGGAUACGCCAGAUAUUUUCAAUAAUUGUCGUGCAUCAAGCUGCUUCUUAGACCCUAUCAUUAUUGAGAGUUUGUCUCUGGGCAUUUGUUUGUGUAUUUAUAAAUGGCAGCAUAUCCUGCCAAUCAUGUAUUUUGUGAUUUGUUUUGAGUUAAUGAAUCACAGAGAGCAAACUGAACGGAUUUUGUGAUGUUUUCAGAAGUAGUUUUGUCUUGUUCUCUCUCCAAGUUCUUAUGUGCAAGAGGACAUAAAUUCUUUGUGUUGUCAGACAUAUAUUAAAGUACAAAUUGUAGUUCAUAUCAUUUAAACUAAACCCAAGAGGGAAAGGGUGGUGGGGUAAGGAGGCUUGAGUACCCGAUCAUCUUAUGAGAUCUCAA